AUGCCGUUCGGCCUGUCCAAUAGUCCUUCAAUUUUCCAGUCGUUUAUCAAUGAUGUAUUCAGAGACAUGCUCCAUAGGACAGUUAUAGUCUAUAUUGAUGACAUUUUAAUUUACUCGGACACCCUGAACGAUCAUGUGCAACACGUCCGAGUGGUUCUUCAGAGGCUCCUCGAACACCAACUAUAUGCCAAAAUAGACAAGUGUGAGUUCCACCAGACAUCCACCGCCUUCCUGGGGUAUGUAAUCAGCCCAGAGGGCAUCGCCAUGGAUGAGGGUAAGGCCCGUGCAGUCCUUGAAUGGCCACAGCCUGCCACCCUAAAGGAACUUCAACGCUUCCUUGGCUUCUCCAACUUUUACCGUCGGUUUAUAAGGAACUUCAGCUCAGUGGCUAACCCUCUUACGUCCCUGAUCAAGAAGGGAAUCAACCGUCUCCCUUGGAACGGGUCUGCAACCCAAGCUUUUCAUCACCUCAAACAACGCUUCGCCACAGCACCCAUCCUGUCCUAUUCAGAUCCUCAGAGGCCCUUUGUAGUUGAAGUGGACGCUCCAAUACGGGAAUAG